GUCAUAGCGAACAACCAAAACUCCUAUCGACGGAAACAUUGUAUCUUGUCCUAACGAGCAUCGAGGAUCAGGAGUUUCUAGGCUUGCACUGUCCAAGCUUCCAAAUCGUAGUUCGCAUAAACGUACCAACGGAAGUCCUGAUAGCCAAGUAGCACAAACGUGUGCAAUAUUAUGAUGAGGAAAUUCAAUCAACAAAAAUGCUGUUUCCUGUGGCUGAUUGCAUCCCUUCUCCUGCCAGAUCUCGUAGAUUGUAUGAACGGCUCUAUCACAGACAGCGACAAAGGUUUGCAACGACGAAAGGCCCAAAGCUAUCAAUUAAGUAGAGCGUACAGUCAUCACCAAGGUUGUGUCGAUGAUAUGUAUAGUAGUGACCUUGACGGCGAUAUGAAGCUUUCCGAAGACGAGUAUGUGCUUUUUAUCUCGAAACGAAGUCGAGGAGAGAUCGGUGCGGACGGAUAUACUGAACUCCCAUUCUCUCUUAUUUCCACAUUUAUUUACGGAUCUUGUUUCUGCUCCUACAUGUCACACGCACCUUUUUGCUGCGUGGGCGGAGCCGCUAGGAUCGAUUUGGAUUCAUCGCAGUCUAAAUUCAUCGAAGACAAUCUCAUCACAAUCUGCAGAACAGUCGACGAGGCAAUCAAGAACGAGAUCGGCACCUUCGGACCAUCCCCAACGAUUGAGCCUUCUUUCAAACCAUCAGAUGUAACACAAUCUCCAACAUCUGCACCGUCAGUAGCCCCAUCGGCAGCUCCAUCGGCAGCCCCUACUGAAGCCCAGACAUCUGAAGCUCCAACAAUCGCAUCCACCGGAAAUUUAACAGAAUUUCCKUCCCCAGCUCCAUCAAUUUUUAUUGACACGCCUCGUAAGUAACACACAUUGCAGGGACGAUUGCGAUUCAUCUUGGUGCUAGAUUUGGAAAUAGGAGGGCAUAUAUUAUCUCAUUAUUGAAUUCUCUCCUGUAUGUAUAGCACCUGAGCCCGAUGCUUUAGCUUGCGUGAACUUCCAGUACGGAAUCAGAAAUGACGAAGGAUUGACUUCGGCUGAUAUUGAGAACGAAAUUGGUAACAGUUACAAAUCUGACCUCAUUGUAGCAACUCGUUUUGUGACCAUUCAAGCCUUGAAUGAAACUUUCCCAGAGGAUGCAGAAGAACGGGCUCUUCGAAAAGCAUCGACCGAUCGAUCUCCAUCAAAAACACAUAAAAAUCGCUUGACAAUCGUAAAUCUUGGUAGAUUUGGACUGGAUGAAUAUUACAGCCCACAAGGGGAGCGCAUUAGUAGUAUUCUUGCAGUGAAAGACGAAGGGAAAAAGUUUAGAAGACGAACUGCAUAUCUUCCAGUUACCACGGAAAAUCGAAUAAGUAAUAUGGAUAGUCGGCGGCUUGUUUUCUACACCGACUCUAACCCGCCCGUUAUCAGUUCUAUCUUUGAUAACUCCCAUUGUCCGGAGUUGCGGAUCGAUGGAAUCGUUUGCUCCAUAGUGGAUACAAAAGUUUGUGUGACACUGGAAGAAGGAGACGAUGAAGAUGAUGUAAAAGAGGCGCUGCUCGAUGGCAUCGAAAAGUCAUUCGACGACGGUAGUUUCGCAAGCGCAAUCCCUUAGGGAAAGCCAGCUAUACAGAGAAUAGGAAAGUGUGGUAUGGAUUCAUAAGACUCGACGGAACGGAGUCUGUGUAUAACUCAUAAUUCGAGACUGGAUGACCGUUCUAGUACACGUAAAUUGUAAAAUAGUAAAGUGGAAGAAAGUGA